AUGGACGCCAGCCAGGCCCCAUCGCUCCUCCUCCUCGCCCCCACUCCCAGUCCCAGCAUUGACCUCCCCGCUGGCAAGGACAGGGCCGACGCGGCGGCCAGCAAGGCCGCGGCCGUGUUCGACCUGCGGCGGGAGCCCAAGAUCCCGGCGCCAUUCCUGUGGACGCACGAGGAGGCGCGCCCGACCUCGGCCGCGGAGCUGGAGGUGCCGGUGGUGGACGUGGGCGUGCUGCGCAAUGGCGACCGCGCGGGGCUGCGCCGCGCCGCGGCGCAGGUUUCGGCGGCGUGCGCGACGCACGGGUUCUUCCAGGUGUGCGGGCACGGCGUGGACGCGGCCCUGGGGCGCGCCGCGCUGGACGGCGCCAGCGACUUCUUCCGGCUGCCGCUGGCAGAGAAGCAGCGCGCCCGGCGCGUCCCCGGCACCGUGUCCGGGUACACGAGCGCGCACGCCGACCGGUUCGCGUCCAAGCUCCCCUGGAAGGAGACCCUGUCCUUCGGCUUCCACGACGGCGCCGCGUCGCCCGUCGUCGUGGACUACUUCACCGGCACCCUCGGCCAAGAUUUCGAGCCAAUGGGGCGGGUGUACCAGAGGUACUGCGAGAAGAUGAAGGAGCUGUCGCUGACGAUCAUGGAGCUGCUGGAGCUGAGCCUGGGCGUGGAGCGCGGCUACUACCGGGAGUUCUUCGAGGACAGCCGCUCCAUCAUGCGGUGCAACUACUACCCGCCGUGCCCGGAGCCGGAGCGCACGCUGGGCACGGGCCCGCACUGCGACCCCACGGCGCUGACCAUCCUCCUGCAGGACGACGUCGGCGGGCUGGAGGUGCUGGUGGACGGCGAGUGGCGCCCCGUCCGGCCCGUCCCAGGCGCCAUGGUCAUCAACAUCGGCGACACCUUCAUGGCGCUGUCCAACGGGCGGUACAAGAGCUGCCUGCACCGCGCGGUGGUGAACCAGCGGCAGGAGCGGCGGUCGCUGGCCUUCUUCCUGUGCCCGCGCGAGGACCGGGUGGUGCGCCCGCCGGCCAGCAGCGCCACGCCGCGGCAGUACCCGGACUUCACCUGGGCCGACCUCAUGCGCUUCACGCAGCGCCACUACCGCGCCGACACCCGCACGCUGGACGCCUUCACCCGCUGGCUCUCCCACGGCCCGGCCCAGGAGGCAGCGGCGGCGGCUCCCUGCACCUAG